AUGGCACGGCUCUUGAUCUCAAGCUUGAUCCUCGCGGUCCACGGGAGUGAGAUUCAGGUGGUCUACAAUGACUACUCGUUCGCGAUGGUCAAUUUGGCGUCCGGCCUGGGCGAAUGCUGGGGUGACAGUCGUUUUGGUGGCGACUGUAGCUCAGUGGAUUUCACCGGCGUCACGAAGGUGAGCGCCAACGCGCGCUCCAUGGCUGCCCUGACCAGCAGCGGCGGAGUUUGCUGGGGCCCAGGUGGCCUUUCAAACGGAGGUGACUGCAGCGGUGUUGCAUUGUCGGGUAUGAAGGACCUCUACUACACAGACUUCAGCUUCGCAGCUGUUGAUCCCGUCGAGGGACGAGGCGUGUGUUGGGGGAACUACCGGUACGGUGGCAACUGCACCACCAUUGACUUCAGUCAUGUGACGCAGAUCGCCCAGAACAGGUUUGCAUACGCUGCCUUCAGUGCCUCCACGGGCACCAUGCAGUGCUGGGGCUCGGACCGCUACGGCGGUUCAGUGGCGGCUGGAGGUGGUGCGUGUGCCGCCUUUACUGGAACUUCCUUGGACGUCAGUGGCACUACCCAGAUCAUCGCCGGAAAGUCUGCCUUUGUGGCGCUCAACAAGAAUGCUGGGACCAUCACGUGCUGGGGUUUGAGUAGCCAAGGAGGCGAUUGCAGCUCGGUCACGUUGACCGGCAUUACGGACGUGUACACCAAUGGUGUGGCUUUCUUGGCCUUGAACAAGAACACUGGCAGUGGACAGUGCUGGGGCAACACGGCGGGAGGCGAUUGCAGUGCCAUCGACUUCUCUGGAGAGGUGCAGAUUUUCUCCACACAGUCUGCAUUCUUGGCCCUGAAGCCUGGAAGCGGUCAAUGCUGGGGCAACACCGCUGAGGGUGGCGACUGUAGCAGCGUGGACUUCAGUAGUGUCUCACGGAUCUACAGCAACAGUUUUGCCUUUCUUCUCUUGGAUGACGCCAAGCUUCCUCAGUGCUGGGGUCGAUCUGGCUAUGGAGGCGACGGGUGCUCCAGUGGAAGCCUUCAAGGCUUUAACAUCUACGCCACGAGUCGAGCUUUCGCUGCCAUCAACACGGUGCAGCCCAGGGAUUUUCGGUGA